CUCAACUGUUUGCGCCGAGCGUCGGUGGUGAAGCCGUUCCUGCGGAGUUGACCGAGGACCGUUUGGAGGAGUUGGUGACCGGGCGGCCAUGUUUAGCUUCCACAAGCCCAAGAUCUACCGCUCUGCGCUCGGCUGCUGCAUCUGCCGAGCCAAGUCGUCCUCGUCGCGAUUCACUGACUCCAAAAAGUAUGAGGCCGAGUUUGCGCGCUGCUUCCGCAUUGUGGCUGAGGAUCGCCGCUCUGGCGAGAUCUGCAAUGCCUGUGUGCUUCUGGUCAAGCGCUGGAAGAAGCUCCCACCCGGUACCACCAGAGACUGGCAUCAUGUGGUUGACGCGAGGGCAGGGCCCGGGACGAAGUCGGGGAACAAGGGCAAGGUGAAACCGCCAAAGCGGCCGCUCAAGAAACACCAUCGACUGACCGCGGAAAAGCGGUGCAAGCUCGACCUCAGUGGUGGCGCCCUCUCGGAUGACAUCACGAAGCCAUCUUCCACUGCUUGCUUCUUCAUUGCUUUGACAGUCGGCGACGAGAGCCUGAGCGAGUCGUCGAUGCCUUCACCGCCGGAGAGCCGGGCAGCCAGUCCAACGCCAAGCAACUCCUCCGAAGACUCUGGCAUCCUGGACGAGGACGAGGAGGAGUACGACGACGAGGACCGUCGGCGGAGCUGUCGCACCAUGAAGCCACGGCCGUCUAAAAAGAAAAAGAAGAAGCGAAAGCAGCGAGGCAGCGGGAGCAGCCGUAGGGACGACUACGUGGUAGACUCGUCUGCCAACAGGCGGGGCAAACUGGCAACGCCAUUCAAGAUCUCCUCGUUUCUGGACAUGAGCUUCUGGAGGAAGGAGAAGGUCUGCUGCGGCAUCAUCUUCAAAGGUCCGCACGGUGAAGUGUUGAUCUACCCCAAGCUCCUCCGGCCCUGCCGAUGCAGACGGCGGCGCCUCGACAACGCCAAGGUGCCGGAAGACUGUGCCGACGGCGGCACCCGUCUCGCAGCAGAGGACGUCGAUACCACGACGGCAAUGCCAAUAAACGUCGCCUCGCCAUCCUCUGUUGCGGACUCAUCCGCGCCGGUGACCGCGAUGUUGACGAUGUCCGAGGCAUCACCGACGGACGACUUGGGCACAUCCGCAGCACUUCUCUUUCCCACGCCCGAGAUUUCUGACUGCAACCCAAGCAGUCCAGAUGCCUCCGAAAACCUUUCACGCGGUUCCACCUCACCAGAUGGUGCCAGCGAUUAACGUUGGCUUAUACCUUAGGUUGUCCCUCAAAUUUUUUUUUUCGCUUACAUUUGUUUUUUGUUUUGUAUUUAUUUCCCCCUCCACCCAUGUUCCCCUUGUUAGAUUCAUCCUCAUUUCGUAAUCUCAACUGUAUAUUCCCACCUUCCUGGCAUAUCCAGAUACCCCAGUCCCUCCAGACCUGUUAAUCAUGCCCUGCACUCUGAGCUAAUUUAUUUGCCAUUAAUUUAUUCCCCCAUUAUGACAAAUGCUAGCUGUUUAUUUCGGUUGGCAUGCUCGGUUUCGAAAAGCUUCUUCAGAUGGGGAAUUGUGGCACAAGCAUGAUUAUGUUUUUCGAUCUAUCGCUUUUGUGCCUGUGUUUUUAAGCUCAGUGUUGCACGUUAUGCCUUGUUGAUCUUCUUUCAUAUUUUUGAAACAUCCCUUUUGAUGUGUCUCUCUUUUUUUUUUUUUUGGCACAGUGCUGUAUCAUCUGACUUGGAGUAAGGCUUGCCCACUGAGUUUAAGUGCUGCCGCUGUUUUCAAACUUUUCUGUGCCAGUCAUGUUCUUACCAUAACGUUGCGGCUGUAGCAACCAUGCCACACCGUGUGUCAGUUUUUGUUUUGUUUGCAUCCCGUUGUUAAAUUUGACACUUUCUCUUUUUUACGAAUGAACUUCAAUCACAUUUGACGCCUGGGACAUUACGCAGGGCAGUUUGUGCAAGGUUUUAUGCCAUAAUAGAAUUUCAAGUCUUCGAACUCUUGUUUUAGUAUACACACAGGAAACUCACAGUUCGCUGCUCACCCCAGCAUGAUUUUUCCAGAAAACUGUUUUGCAUUGGUUGUAAUAGAGCAACGGAAAUGUGCAAUUGCUCAUUUUGCCCCGAUACGCUUCCACACAUUUUAUUGCUUCAACUUGGACCAAUUUUGGAAGCUACGUCAUUUAUUCUUUGCUUUUAAAGCCAGCGAGUGCAGUUUUCAAAUAGUACAUUCCAAGCCUUGCAUAAAUGCGUCUAUGUUUUGUUACUGAAAUUUUCUUCUGCUCUUCUCAGAUUGCUGGGGAAGUAAUAUAACGCCUGUACGAUGAGUUGCAACAGGCGUCGUUUCCAUGUAAUUUUGUAUCCGGUUGUGUAGCUUUGUUAUGUUUGCAGGCUGCUGAGUACCUCGAAUGUCAGAAAAGAUUAUGAUGUUCCUUUUUUUUUUUACUUCACCUUUGACAGGGGUAUGUGUAAUCGCUUCAUUUCAGGAACAAAAAGAAAUACAGGGAGCUGCACUCGCGCAAGUUACAUUGUCAUUUACACCUCAUUGUGACAACAAGUACAUCAUAGUGGUGAUGGAGGAAGAGCACACAUCACUUCUUCGUCAAGUGCAUUCUCUGCAUGGGGGUGGUUGUCGUUACGUUUCGCGGCAACGUCGCAUCAUGACGGAGCUUGCGACUUACGUCCCCGGUGUUUUUGGUUCAGCUGGGGGUUUUUUAUCCCUCGCACCCGCGACCCAUGAAGCAGUAUUUCGCCAUCUAGUUGGUUCCUGACCAGCUCCUUGGCUGUCACCAGCCUUGCUCACCACAAAUAUGCACAAUUCCGACAGGAGGUGAUGGAAGUGGUUGCACCGAAGAACGCCUUGUCCCAAGACUUGUCCUGAACAACAGCGUGGUUGUCCCUCGCGGAAAGAAAAAAAAAAGGUGGCGUGCAGGUUUUUUUUACCUAUGAAUCGAAGAAGGCGAGCAGCCAAAGCGGCGGGCGCAUCGAGUCGAAGCGUCUCCGUCACGAUCCGUCACUCUCCUCGGGCACCUUUGCCCUGUCGCGGAAGUUGGUGUUGCUCCGCUGCAAUGGAAUAUGCAAGCUUUCUACAUGCUCAUAAUACCAUCACCACUCGCUGCGGGCUUGCCUCCGAGCGAGGCGGCGAAGGCCCCUCGGUCAGCGCUCCGUCGGCAGGCUGUGAUUCGUUUCACACGAGCAGACUCGUGUCAUGAAGUCUCAAAGCUGUGUCGAAACUGAGCUAGAACUCUUUGUCCUGUCUUCCUCUUGCAGAUCACAAACGCAUAAAGGGGCGUCACAGAGGCUGCUAAGCUCUGUAACCCUGCGAUGCCUUGGAAUGCUGUCUCAGAUGCGUUUCCAGCCGGGCUCGGGGGUUGUGGGGAAGGCAGAUGGCUCAAACGUUGAGCGCCUCUAGCACUGAAGACGCGGACGAGCUUAAUUUUCUUCUUUCUUUAGUUUGUCUGUCCUUUACGACCGCGAGUAGAAAACGUUAUGCAGAACCGGUCACCAGGCCUCAUUGUCGAGGCCAGUCGGAGGGCUCAGGGAGUCUUUAUAAAGGCGACACCACCAUGUAACACAUUUUUUCCAUUUUUGUACUCUAGUCAGAAGGAAAGUCGGACUGCCGUCACCAGGUGGCGGUGGUAUGGACAAAAAAAAGAAAAAAAAAGAGCUGUCUCAUUUGAGACGCACCCUGUUUGAGUUGAUGAGGAGUAAUCUAAGCACCGAUGUUGCUCACAACAGGCGUGAUCGCGAUGAAUCAUGGUGAAGAAUUGGGGAUGAACUGAUCUCGAGUUGACAAGACUGCGGAUUUUUCGGGGGGCUUCGAAGACUGGCAUAGGUAAGGCUAUUUGUGGUUUGGCAGGUUUGUGCGGCUGGCUGUUAUUGAACAUGUGCUGUGAAAGAAGAGCGUCUCGGAGACUGCAUUCAGUUUGGCGUUCCUUUCUUCGAUGCAGUUCUCUCUCUCACCGCUGAUGCUGUUUGCUGCAAGUCUCACAUUACUGCUUUGAAGCUUAUGCGCAGCAUUUGGUUGAUGCUGUAUAUUAGGUCGUACUGCUUCGAAGCUUAUGCGCAGCACUUCUUUGAUGCUGUAGGUUAGGUUGUUCUCACUUGGUCUUCUGUUCAACUCGGCUUCCUAAAUCAUGUUCAACUGUGAGGAGGUGGUGUUCUGUCACCUGCGGCAUUGUCUCGAUGCCUUGUGUAAAUGAAGAUCGUAAGUCACAAGUGCAUAGCUUUGUUGCGUUUUUUUUUUUUUUUUGCUACAUUUGGCUACAACCUUGUUUACAAACAAUGUCGCGGAUAUUGUUAAACUGUCUAGGAAUCCUUGCAAUGAAAUCAGCCGCUCACACCCGAGAAAACUGCUGGCGGGCGUUGCGAGUCACUGGCCGUACCUGCACUAAAAAAAAAAAAGAAUGCCGACUCGGUUGUUUUGUUAAAGCCACCAAGUACAACGUCUGGUGUCCGCGUCAGCUGCAGAAUCUCAUAGAAAUCGGGAAAACAGCUGAAACAAGUACGGCUCGUUGGAAGGUUCGCCCUGAAAGGCCCCCCGGUCGUCGAGCAACAGUGCCCACUACUCCGGGGGGGUGCGUGUUGUAGUUGAGCUCUCGUAGCUAGCGGAUGCCAUGUGCUGUUUCACUCUUCUUGACCGUUGUUGUGCGCUGUUUUUCUCCGGAGAGUGUUUCGCAUUUCCCUGCAGUUGUUGGAAAAAAAAAUUCUAUGCCCAGCCCCCCUGUCGUGAGUCGUUGGUGUUGUGGUGGUAAACGAGCGAGCUUUUUUGGAGAGGUCUCGGCGCGCGUCGGACGACCCUGGAGGUUGCGUUGUCGUGUCGCUUAUGUCCCCGUUAAAAAGCUCAUCGGUCCAAUUGCUGUUCAAUCACCAGGCUCGACAGAAUCGCGUUAUGUCAUCACGAUCGUGACGUUUGCGCACUUGGGUCUGUCAUGGUUGCGACAUAUUCUUUUCGUGCAGUUUAGUGCAGCAUUCUGCAAGUCUAAACUGAACGUCUGAAAAUUUCAAAUCGUCUUAAUGUUGCAAAGUAGCAUUAUUUCAAACAUUUUUUUCUAAUUGGAAGCUGUAUGAAUUUGGUUUGAGUUUAGUUGACUCGGAUAGCACUGUGCAGUCAAUUGUGUCAAGCGUGUUGCUAAACCUCGGCUAUAUUUGUUCGACAUUCUUUGCAGAGUACAUAGUUGUCAUUGCUGUUUUGCAAUUUAGUCUAGCAGCAGAGACGGAAAUGGCGCAGAGUUGCCUACAGGGCUAGACGGCCGGUCGAGCGCCUCUCCAAAUGAAUGAAAGAAAGCUGCAUCGUGUUGGCAAGAUAGUCGAGUGGACGAGAUUGUUGUUGUGAGCUAGUCGGUAAGUCACUGCCACUUUUUUCUAAGAUGAAAAAAAAAAAUAAUCCCAAAGCCCACGUUGCACCGCGCUUGUUCUUGCCGACUGGCUAAAAAAAGUCGUGGUUGCGUGUGUUUGGGAGGUCGAGGUGUUCUUUACAAGGUUCUUUUUCCAUAGCAGUGUGUGCUCUGUAAUCGUGUGUGAUCAUCCCCAGUUGUUAAAUUAGUCCUCUAGCUGCAUUCCAAUGUGCAGCCUUGCUGUCGUGCGAUUUAAACCUCUUGACAUGUGUUGCUCGUUCACCCAGUGACCGAUACACAUCCCCAUGCAUAGCUUUUAAUGUUGAAAACAUUUUUGUGCUGUGGUGUAUGCAAUGACACAGGCGCAAAACUGAAUGCAGAAGCUACCGUGUGACAUGUUUGCUUGAUCCACUGCCUCGAAUUCGAUGCGGCGAGUGGGUUACGCUGUCUAAAUAGCCCAAAUGAUGCUCUUUUUAAGCAUCUACAAAUCGUUGGUGUGUACUCUCUUCUUUCGUUCCUGCUGGGUUUGUUGAUCAGUUUUGUACCAAAAUUAUCGUGUGUGAUUGCUGCAAUUGACUUAUAAUCUUUGUGUGUCAUGCAAGUUAAAACUGCAUUGAUUG